ACUCAGGUCAACGCUUCGUCUCGCCGUUGCCUCCGGAUGGAGCUCGUGCGUGUCUCUCUCAGUGACGUCGCUGUUCAGAGCGUGCACGCGGUCCCUCCCUACUCUACUUCUAAUACAUGUUUAUUUCAGGAAACUGGUCUGGCUGAGCUUCAGGGGAAACGGGUGCACUUAUCUCAAUCCGAAACCGAAGGAAACAUGGCGCUGCGUGUGUGAAUAGAGAUUAAAAUGGUGUUCGAGUCGCUGGUGGUGGACGUCCUGAACAGGUUCCUGGGGGACUAUGUGGGGAACCUCGACAGCUCCCAACUCAAGCUGGGCAUCUGGGGAGGUGAUGCCAUUCUGCGGAAUCUGGAAAUAAAGGAAAAUGCCUUGAGUCAGCUGGACAUUCCUUUUAAAGUCAAAGCAGGACAUAUAGGUCGCCUGGAGCUGAAGAUCCCCUGGAAGAACUUGUACACGCAGUCGGUGGAGGCCACGCUGGAUGAGGUCUACUUGCUCAUCGUCCCCACGGCCAGUAUAAAGUAUGAUGCAGAAAAGGAGGAGAAGCAGCUGCAGGAGGCUCGACAGAGGGAGCUUCAGAGGAUCGAGGAAACCAAACUGAAAGCUGCAGAGAAAGAAAAUCCCAAUACGGAAAAGCAAGACACUUUCGUAGAGAAAUUGGUCACGCAGGUGAUUAAAAACCUGCAGGUGAAAAUUUCCAAUAUUCACGUUCGCUACGAAGAUAGUAUCACCAAUCCGAAUUCGCCUCUCUCGUUUGGAGUGUCUCUACAAAACCUUAGUCUUCAGACAUCAGACGCAAACUGGAAACCCUGCCUGUUGGAUGAGACAGCCAAGCUGUUUUUCAAGCUCGUCCGUCUGGAUAAUCUCUUCGCCUAUUGGAACGUGAACUCAGAACUUUACUCGAUUCACUCUGCUAGUGAAGCCCUGCGGUACCUGCAGCAAAAUGUGGCUGUCCAGAACUCCAUCCCUCAUGACUAUCAGUUUAUUUUCCGUCCGAUAUCGGCCAACGCUAAGCUUCGUAUGAACCCUCGCUCGGAUGUGGACUUCUCCUCGCCGAAGGUGGAUCUUGUGGUCAACCUGCCUGAAGUGGCUGUGGAGCUCAGCAGGCCACAGUAUGUCAGCAUUCUGGAGCUAUUGGGCUCUGUGGAUAUGAUGUCACGUAAUCUUCCAUACAGGAAGUAUCGCCCAGAUAUGCCUGUCCACAACAAUGCAUACCAAUGGUGGCGUUAUGUCAUCAAGGGCAUCUUGGAGGUGAACGUAAAACCUUCCCUGCACAUGUGGUCAUGGAAGCACAUCAAAUGCCAUCGGGAACAAAUAAAACAGUGCAAAGAGCUUUAUAAGACCAAGAUCACCAGCAAGAAGCCUGCAGAGACCCUGCUGAAGAAACUGGAGGAGACAGAAAAAUGCCUGGAUAUUUUUAACAUCACACUCGCGAGACAACAAGCCGAGAUGGAGGCUUCUAAAGCUGGCCUGAGGAUCUAUCGACCUGGGUUAAAGAUGGAGGAGGAGCAGUCACAGGGAUGGUUCGGCUGGAUGUGGAACUGGUCUGGGGACAGCUCUGCUCCGACCAAAGAGAUCAAACCUGGAGGGUUUGAUACACUGAUGACUUCAGCGGAGAAAGCCAAACUCUACACUGCCAUUGGAUACAGCGAGACGGCUGUAAAUCCUAAUCUGCCAAAAAAUUUUGAAGACAUGAAGGUUCGGUUCCAGUUGGUGAGCAUGUCCGUGUCCAUUAAAGAGAGCAAAGAAAAGCCAGAGAUUAUCAAACUGUCCGUCAUCGACCUGAGAACCAUGCUGACACAGAGAUCCUCCGCUCAGGCUAUAAUGAUCACGGCUCAGUUGUCCUCAUUUGAAGUAACCGGUGUAUCGAGAAAUGGCAUCGCUCCCACGCUGCUUUCCCCUCGACGUGCGGUGGAGGAAGACAAGCCUCUGCUCAGCCUGAUGUUCGAGACCAACCCACUGGAUGCCAAGGCAGAUCAGAGACUGCAUGUGGAAUCGCAGCCUCUGGAGAUCAUCUAUGAUGCAAUGACAGUGAAUAACAUGUCAGCGUUCUUCAUGCCUCCGAACGACCUGGAGCUGGACGAACUGACUAACGCUACCCGCAUGAAGCUGGAGCAGUUCAGAGACAGAACCUCAACCGGACUCAUGUACAUCAUCGAGACACAGAAAGUUCUUGACCUGAAGAUCAACCUGAUGGCCUCCUAUGUGAUCGUGCCCCAAAUGGGCUUCUACGACCCCAAGCACAACCUUAUCAUUCUGGAUCUUGGACACUUUCAGAUGUCGAGUAAGAGCAGGGCCAAUUUGCCACAGCUCUCGGUGGGAAAGAACACCAUCGAGGACAUCAUGUCUCGAGCCUAUGACAGCUUUGACGUCCAACUCACCAGCCUGCAGUUGUUAUAUUCCAAACCAGAUGAAGACUGGCAGAAGGCUCGGAAGCUCAGACAGUCUUCCCUUCAUAUUCUGGAGCCUGUUGACUUGAAGGUGGUUUUCAGCAGAGCAAUGGUGGUCACUGACUCAAGGAUGCCAAAGUUUAAGAUAUUUGGCGAGCUUCGUCUGCUCUCCCUUCGCAUCUCCGACGACAAAGUCCGUGGCAUCCUUGAGCUAAUCGACAGCAUUCCACUGCCUGAGAGUCGGCCCUCCCCUCGGACUGCCGCUCUGCAAACUACGCCCAAGGUUGUCAAACCGAGAGACACCCCUCAGCUGACCCCCAGAAAACCAGCUAUGGUUGAUCUGCGCUCCUCAAUAAUAUUUGACUCUGGAUCGGAGGAGGAUUUGUUCUUCGAUGCACCCAGUUCACCAAUUGAGGACCUGCCAUUCUUCGAAGCCAGCGCUGGCUCCCUAGAGAGAUCGACCUCUGUAAAGAGGAAGGCGAUGGUGAAACAUGACCCCAAAAAGAACAUGACAGAAUUUCUGCUGAAUUUUGAGAUAAACAUGUUGUCCGUCCAGUUGUGCCGCCUUUUAGAAGGCUCUGAAGCUCCGGUCCUGCGUCUGGAAAUCGAGGGUCUGGGCACAGAGCUGAAAGUGCGCACGUUUGAUAUGUCCUCCAACACAUUUCUGCGGGAAAUCUGCCUGGAGUGCUCAGAGUACAAGGAUGGAGAAGAUAAAAAGGUUCACCUCAUCACCACACUGGAUAACACGGAGGACGACCUGCUCACGCUGGAGUACAUUAAGGCGGACAAGAACGCACCAGAUUUUAAAUCGCUGUAUAACAACACAGAGCAACUUAUCAAGGUUAACUUCUCCUCCUUGGACGUGCACCUCCACACUGAAGCCCUGCUCAACUCUAUGAACUUCCUGAACAGCCUCCUUCCUCCUACCAAGAAGGAGGAACCUGUUGAGCAGCCUGCACCCCAACAGGAUGAUGACGGAGAAGGAGACAGCGAGGAGGAGAAGAAAGAGGAGUCCACAAUUGCCAAGAAAUCCUCUACAAAGAAGUCAAAGUUUGAAGAUGUGGUUAAUUUGCACAUCAGAGCAGAUUUGUCCUGUCUGAAGGUCUUCAUCAGAGGAGAGAAAGCCAGAAUCUCUGAGAUCAGUAUAGAAGGUCUGGUAUCUGAAGUACAGAUGAAAAAGAAAUCAGUCGAGAUCCUGGCUAACCUGAAGAAUAUUGUCAUAUUGGACUGUGACAAAGAUGCUCUGUACAAAAAGGCGGUGUCUGUAGCGGAUAAGGACGUGUUCGUUUUCCACAUGGUGAAUUACGUGGACGCCACAGACGGAGACGCCUACACAGAUAUGCAGAUAGUGGACUCUAGUGUCACUCUGACUGUGGGCUGUAUCCAGGUCAUCUUCCUCAACAAGUUUGUCUCCUCAAUACUGGCCUUCAUCAAUAACUUCCAGGAAGCUAAAGACGCUCUAGCGGAGGUCACAGUGCAGGCGGCAGAGAAAGCGGCCACGGGCGUGUUGGAGCUCGCUGAGAAAUGCACUCGCAUUUCACUGAACGUGAACAUCAAAGCACCUGUCGUUUUCCUCCCACAAUCCUCCGUUUCUACUGACGUCAUUGUCGCCGAUUUGGGUUUGGUGACCGUCAAGAACGUCUUUGAGAUCGUGCCCUCUAAAACACACACUAAGAUUCCUCCCAUCCUCGACAUCAUGACCGUGGCUCUGAGUGAGCUGAAGAUGUACAGAACUACAUUUAAGGAUGGCAAGUUCCAGAGCGAGAUCCAGUUGCUAAAGCCUGUAAAUAUGGAUCUGUCAAUCAAGCGCAAUCUCUCUGCCUCCUGGUAUUACAGCAUCCCUGACAACCAGAUCAACGCACACCUCAAACCCAUGACUCUAAUCCUGAGUCAGGAGGACCUCACUGUGGUUUUGCGAACUCUCACUGACAACCUGUCCGAGACCUCUGAUGCAGGUCCUGCACCUAAAAGUCCUGAUAAGGCGGAGACCGCGUCUGGCAAAGAUUCCCAGGAAUCUGGAGCAGGGAACACAGUGGUAACAGCAGCAGUCGUGGAAGGACAGAAGGCCGCCAAACUGAAAAGCACUCUAAAACUCCACUUCAAGUUUGAUUCAAUGACUCUGGUCCUCUACAGCUCAAGUGGAAGUGAGAUUGCGUUGCUGGACUCUCAUGACGAACAGCUGAAGCUGGCGGAGUUCACCCUGGGCACCAUCUCCACUUCAGUUCACAUGUUCUCCGACAGCUCCAUGAAGGCCUCUGUUAAACUCACCGAAUGCCUGCUGGAUGAUAAGAGAAAGAGGGUCAACAUGAUCACUUCCAGGAUGAUGGCAAUGCGAAAGGGUGCUGAGAAGAAUGUCAUGGUGGAGGUGAACUAUCGCCAAGGCCGGGAUGGCACCACCCUCGACACUGUAGUCCAGGAUCUUUACCUCUGCGCCAGCAUGGAGUUCCUGCUCACGGUGGUUGAUGUCUUUCUGAAAUCUAUGGAUCAGGGUUUCUCCAAGCAACCUAAGAGCAGCAAACCAGCAUCUACCUCCACCAAAGACGCCGCUCCUCCUCAGCCCGUAGUGGCAAAAACAGAGAUGAACGUGAUGGUGAGGAACCCCGAGAUCGUGUUUGUGGCCGACCUGAGCCGUGCCGAUGCCCCGGCCCUUGUAAUGACCAUGCAGUGUGAGCUGGUGAUGAAAAGUGACGCUGCCAAUCAGCAAAUGACGGCCGCCGUCACUGACCUGAAGGUGGUAGCAUGCCCGUUUGUGUGUGGUGAAGACGAGAGCAACGUCACCACAGUGCUGCAACCAUGCCAGGUGUUCUUCAAACAAACACAGACACCUACUCAGCCUCAAACCAUACAGCUGUCCAUGAACUCCCUCACCUUGAAGGUGUCACCCAUCAUUAUAAACACGGUCAUCACUAUCCAGUCAGCGCUGACCCCUGCAGCUGAGACCCCCGAGGAGUUGGAGAGCCCCGUGCCUCCCGAACUGUGGGAGCGCAGGGACUGCCGGGACCCCAAAUUCUGGUUUCUGGAGGAAGAGGGAGAGGAAGAUGUUCAGUCCUUGGCCCCGCUUAUCCCCAAGGGCGAGUCACUCGAGCUUAGUAUUGUCUCCAUUUGCUUGACCCUAGAGGCAGGUGUGGGUCAUCGCACCGUCCCCAUGCUGCUUGCCAAAUCCUCUUUUUACGGAGAUGUGAAGAACUGGAGCACUCUGAUCAACCUGCAGUGUCACCUUAACAUGGAGGUUAAUUAUUAUAACGAGAUUUUGGGUGUGUGGGAACCACUUUUGGAGCCACUUGAAGACGAAACCAAAGAUGGUUUCAGACCAUGGACACUGGAACUAAAGAUGAAGAAAAAGCCAGUGAAACCUUCCGUCGUUUCCGACGAGGUGGACUACAUUGUGCCGGAUUACAAAACCGUAAUCAGCAUCAAUAGCAAAGACCAGCUAAACAUUACUCUCUCCAAAUGUGGACUGAACAUGCUCAGUAAUUUGGGAACGGCAUUUGCCGAAGCCGCCAAGCAGACAGCGGACCGUUUCCAGAAAGACCAGGCUCCGUUUGUGGUGAAGAACCAGUUAGGUUUACCGGUGUCUGUUCUUUACAGCGAAGUGUUUAAACCUAUCAGGAAGAAAUCUAAAGAGCGCGUGGUGGAGCUGCAGGAUGGCGAGAGCUUAAACAUGGACUACACACUAACUGAUGCAGAACCUGAUCAGUUCUCGGCUAUGACCAGCCUAAGCAGCAAAAAAAACUACAUCCAGCCCACUCCUGUCGGCCACACCUCAGCCAGCAUCAUCCCGCUGAUCAAAGUCGGCCGUGGUAUGUACAGCGUCGUGCACCUGGAUUCUGGAGUCACACGCUUCUUUGUCUGUCAGAUUUACUCCAAUGAGGGCAGCAAGUUUGUCAAGAUCCGGUCACCUUUUCUGAUCAUUAAUCACUUUUCGCUGCCGUUCCGGGUGUUUGAGGGAUCAACGUGUCUAGGCCUAUCUUCACCCACUGAGGAGUUCUGUGUCCCUCUCGGCUCUUACAGAUCUGAGCUUACCCUACAGCCCGUAACGGAGGGAGACGAGCAGUACGAGCGCUCUGAGAGCUUCAGCUACCAAAACCUCAGUCAGAAAGCUAACGAAUGUGUGGAGAAGACGUGCCAUCACCAUAGCGACGCCGCUUGCAUUUUCAAGGUCAACAUGGUAUCCGUUCAAGACUCCGUGAUGUCCCACAGCACUCAGGAGGAAUACGACCAACCGUACGUCCUCCAUCUGUGGCCUACCGUGCUUCUCCGAAACCUUCUUCCCUACGAGAUCACCUACAGCUUAAUGGGAAGCGGAAACACAGCCCCAACAUCGUUGAAGGAAGGCCACUCGUCCCAACUUCACACAGCCGUCAUGGACCACACAAGUCUGGAGCUGAAAGUCCUCGGCUACCUGCAACAAGACUGGGAGGCAAACUACCAGCUCCGCUCCGACCAGGACGAGAUCAGUUUCAUCACAUUUCACUCACACUGUUUGGACGAGGGGGUAGACGGGGAGGGCGUGAAGGCGGAGCUCGAUAUCGCUGUUCACGUGAAGAAGGAGGUGGGUCAAGUUGUUGUAGCCAUCCAUUCUCCUUAUUGGAUGGUGAACAAGACCGGAAGGCUGCUGCAGUAUAAAGCCGACGACAUCCAUCGCAAGCAUCCCAAAGAUUACGACAUGCCUCUGCUGUUCUCUUUUAAACCACGUAACUUUCUGCAGAACAACAAGGUCCGCUUGAUGAUUUCAGGCAGCGAGCUGUCGGACGAGUUCUCGAUAGACACAGUCGGUAGUUACGGUGACGUUAAAUGUAAAGGAAGGGACAAAGAUUAUCUAGUGGGGGUGAAGAUCGACACGAGCAGUUUCAGUCUGACACGCCUGGUGACGUUCUUACCCUUCUACAUGCUUGUGAACAAAACAAAGCACGUAAUCCGAGUGUGCGAAGAGGGGCAGGAUGACUGGACUGAGGCAAAACCUGGAGAGACCGCCACUCCAUUCUGGCCAGAGAGAGAUUCAAAGAAGCUCAGCGUGAAGGUGGACGGUUGCAAGUCGACCGCUCAAGUCAUCGCCUUCCAUAAGCCCGAGAACUGCCUCCUGCUGCACCUCGACAACACGCUGGGUGGUAUCAUCGUUGACGUGAACCUGACGGAGCAUUCGGCUGUGAUCCGGUUCUCUGAUUAUCACGCCGGAGCAGCUCCUUUUCUUAUCAUCAACCACACCAAGGAAAACAAACUGGAGUUCCAUCAGAGCUCUCAUAAGCUGGAGACGGACGAGCUCGGCCCCGGUCAGGCCGUGUACUACACAUGGGCCGAGCCCACAGGAUCUCGAGUUCUCUGUUGGAGCUGGGGACCCUACAGUGGUGAGCUGAAGAGCGAGGAGGACCUUAUGAAGGACAUGAAUAACGAGGGAAAGCUGUACGUCAUCUCGUUUUACGAAGGCCUUCAGCGGGUGGCGUUGUUCACCACGGAGCGUCGUGUCUACAAGCUACUAUGUGAGAGCGAGAAGGUGGAGCUCGCUGAACAGGAAAUUAGCCUCUCGCUGCAGGAUAUGGGCAUCUCAUUGGUCAACAACAGCACCAGCCAGGAAGUGGCCUACAUCGGUAUCAAAAGCUCUGACGUGGUGUGGGAGACCAAGCCGAAGAAGAAGAGCCGCUGGAAGGUUAUGAGCGGGAAAGAAGCUGAGAUGUUGGAGCAGCGCUACAGAGAUUAUACAGAGAGAAACCCAGUGGAUCACAGCAUCAUAGACCUGGAGAACGGCUACCAGUUGAGUUUGACUCCUAACGGAUUAGACAUGAGGAUGUUGCAGCCUUACGAUGCACCUCUGCGAAGGAACUUUCUUCCAGCUCUGAAGGUUGAGUACAGCGUCUCAGCCAGACAGAAAGCGUAUCGCGUGCAAAUCAACAGGAUUCAGAUCCAAAAUCAGCUUCCUGGAGCCAUUUUCCCAUUUGUGUUCUACCCUAUCAAACCUCCCAAAUCAGUCAGGAUGGACUCAGAGGCAAAACCGUUCAUUGACCUCAGCCUCAUCACGAGAGCAGCAGGUCACUCGGACAUCCUACGCAUCAAGUAUUUUAAGGUGUUGAUUCAGGAAAUGGACCUACGUUUGGACUUAGGCUUCCUGUACGCCAUUUUGGAUCUGUUCACUGCAGAGAACGCUGCCACCGUCACCUCAGAACAAGAGGUGGAGCUGUUUGAGAAGGACAUCGAGUAUUUAAAGACAGGAUUGAACCACGUGUCCUCCACAGACACAUCCCCCAUCAGCCUUUACGAAUACUUCCACAUCUCUCCCAUUAAGCUCCAUCUGAGCUUCUCUCUGAGUUCGGCCGGUGAGGACGGGAACAAGGAGAAGAGAGAGACUGAGAUGAUUCCUGUGCAGUCUCUUAACCUGCUGCUGAAGAGCAUAGGAGCGACACUGACUGACGUGCAGGACGUCGUCUUCAAACUGGCUUUCUUUGAGCUGACAUUCCAGUUCCGCACCACACAGCAGCUUCAGUGGGAGGUCAUCCGACAUUACUCCAAACAGGCAAUCAAACAAAUGUAUGUACUGGUGCUGGGGUUAGACGUCCUUGGUAACCCAUUUGGUCUGAUCCGGGGUUUGUCAGAGGGAGUCGAGGCUUUCUUUUAUGAGCCGUAUCAGGGAGCAAUUCAGGGACCUGAGGAGUUCAUGGAGGGUGUGGCUUUGGGUAUGAAGGCUCUAGUUGGAGGUGCAGUAGGGGGUUUAGCCGGAGCGGCAUCUCGCAUCACGGGUGCCAUGGCUAAAGGCGUGGCUGCCAUGACGAUGGAUGAGGAGUAUCAGCAGAAAAGGAGAGAGGCCAUGAACAAGCAACCGAGCGGCUUGAAAGAGGGUCUCACAAGAGGAGGGAAAGGACUCGUCUCUGGCUUUGUGAGUGGUAUUACAGGCAUCGUUACUAAACCUAUCAAAGGUGCACAGAAGGAGGGAGCAGCAGGUUUCUUUAAAGGUUUUGGUAAAGGUCUUGUAGGAGCUGUGACUCGACCAACAGGGGGCAUCAUUGACAUGGCGAGCAGCACCUUCCAGGGCAUCAAGAGAGCGGCUGAAACGUCUCAGGAUGUGGAGAGUUUGCGACCCCCACGUUUCAUUCACGAGGACGGCGUCAUCAGACCGUAUAGAGAGAGAGAGGGCAUCGGCAGCCAGAUGUUACAGAAAAUUGAAAAUGGACGCUUUGCGAAGUACAGAUACUUUGCUCAUGCCAAGGUGAACGAGUCUGAUUUCUUGAUGAUCACCAAAAGGGGCAUAUUUUUUGUUACUAGAGGCACUUUUGGGCAGUUGACAUGCGAGUGGCAGUAUCUAUUUGAUGAGUUCACCAAAGAUCCCAUGAUUGUUGAGGACAGACGACUGCGCAUAGAGGCAAAGGAACGGGUGAAGUCUGUGUUUCAUGCCAAAGAGUUUGGGAAGAUCAUCAACUUCAAGACUCCAGAAAUAGCCAAGUGGGUUCUGACCAAGCUUCAGGAUGCCAGGGACAGCCUACAGAAAUAAGCCUGUGUCUCUGGUAGCCUUAAAAAAGCACAUGUGCGCACACAUACACACACACACACAGAGAGAGAGAGACAGAGAGAGAGAGAGACUCCCCUAUCCUUAGUGUGUGCCUUCACAUAUAUGCAAAACUAUACAACACUACACUUUAUAGGGUUGUGCAUCGGUCACUCAGAAAGGACUGAAGAGCUACCAUCUGUUAUAGUGACUGAUAAAAAAAAAUUGUGUGUGUGUGUCUUGUUUACAGCUUCAUUUUAGCCACUGCCUCAUGUGGCUCCCUCACACGCCUCACCCGUGUGUGUGUAUAUAUAUAAGAGUAGUGCGUAAUAUGGAAGCAGAUCAUGUCAUUCAUUUCGCAAAGCCAUCUGGAAAGCAUACUGUACAUUUGUGUCCUUUUUUGCUCGUCGAUAACAAAACGUUACAACAGGAAAAACUUUUUAGUCCACUCAGUAAUCUCUUAUUCCACCACUACUAUGAUUAAACAUUUAGCAUCUUACGCUUUGUCAGGAAACGCUGCUCGUUGCUCCGUUAAGGCACAUCUUAUGGGUUUUAUUUGUCGAAUAGGUAAAAAAAAAAGACCAAUAUAUUUAUGUAUUUUAUAAAUUGUUAAGUAAAAAAAAAAAGCUUAACACAUCAGCAUGUCAUCCUCUACAAACAAGUUUAUUUUUGUACCUGUGGCUUUCGCAUGAAGCCUUUCCUUCAGCCAUGAGCGUGUAGAAUUAACUGUUUACAGCUUCUCCACAGUAUUGUACUGUAAAUAUUGAGUGGCUUUGGAACGUACUGUUGAUUUUUUUUUUCCUCAGUCGUUCUGUGCAGCUCAUGCAGAAGUUCUAUUGUUCCUUCUCUAAACCUUUAACACUGACUCUGAAAUAUAAUAUGCAAUAAGAACCCUAUUAGCCUUUCAGCGGCACUAAUGUACAAUUUGUUUAAUAUAUUUAUCGAUCAUUGCAACGGUCUCCUGUUAUUUUUUUUUGUUGUUGUUGUUGUUUUUUAAAUCGGAUAUACAUAAUAAAUAAAUGUAUUUUGAUCAGUUAUGCUGAUUGAAAUUCAAGCAUGGACACUU